CAUGUCAGGAGCGUAGCUGUUCUGCUUUUCAUUCCACGAUGCUAGCUGUCGUUUUCCUUCUGGCCGGCCUUGCUUUUGCGGACACCUGCUACGCUCUCGGUGGGCUCGUAUCCGUUCGCCCGCCAUCUUCACAUACUCGCCGUUCGGGAGUCGAGAGCAUCGAAGCUGGUGUUGUCAACUGGGGGAACACCACGACGCCGCUCAACUCUGCCAUCAUCCCGGUGUCGCAGUCAACGGACGGCCAGGCAUACUAUUCCGUCAUCGAAGUCGGGAACAUCAGCUUCCGCGUGGCCCUCGACACUGGUUCUUCCGACGCUUGGAUCACAUCCUCUAAAUGUACCACUACCGCAUGCAGCGUACCAAAAUACCAGCUUGGGUACGACAGCCCAACGUUUGAGUCCGUUAACGACAACUCGACUGCGUUUAAUGUGAGCUUCGCGGAUGGGACCCUCGCUAAUGGAUUCGUGGCACUCGAGACCUUUUCAGUUGCGAACUUGAUUGUACCAGGCCAAGCGUUCGGCGUUGUUACCAACAGCACUGUCACCUUUACCGACCAAAUCAGCGGGAUUCUAGGACUAGGCUUCCCCCGGCUAUCCGACAUAAAUCAAGUUGUAUUGACAGGGACUCCCUUCUUCACCACUAUGGCUCAGCGAGGACAACUGGAAUAUCCCCUUUUCGGUCUGAACCUGGGUCAGAAUUCAUCCGGUAGCUUAACGCUCGGGGCCGUUGAUGGCUCCGUGGUCACCAACAUCACUUCAAUCGUUUGGAAUGAGGUCAUGACAUUCGCACCCUUCGCGUCGGAGAGCAACGCAACUAGCUACUUGCAGUGGGCGAUCCCGUUGGGAGGUAUAUCUGUGAAUGGGACCACAAUUACCCCCAUCCCGACUUACUCUAACCUGACGUCGACAUCACUGGCAUUGCUCGAUAUCGGUACUCCUGGAAUAUAUGGGCCAUUCCAAGACGUGUCCCGGAUCUAUGCCUCCAUUCCGGAGAGUCGCUUGGUCGAUGAAUCUGGGCAGUGGGCUAUGCCGUGCGAUGCAAAUGAAACCAUCGCUUUUAUAUUCGGCGGGCGGACGUUUACCAUGCAGCCCACUGAUUAUCUCAUUGGCCCUGUCGAUAGCUCUCCCGACCUUUGCCUCAGUUGGCCUAGAGCUACUUCUCCGAGCUCCGACGGCAUAGACUGGCAGCUGGGACAACCGUUCAUGCGAACUGUUUACAGCGUCUUCAGCCUCGGCAUCGAUACGAAAGAGCCUCCGCAGAUCGGCCUGUUCGCUCUUCGGAACGCUUCUGCGCCCGUUGAAUCGCCGCAGGCUGUGGCUUCGUUCCUCUCAGCCGCAUCGGCGACGAUCGACACGGCGCUACCAAAUUUCGUGUUACCGACACCAUCACCAACGGCUCCGCCAUACGCGUUCAACACAUCAUUCUCCACCCAAGCCGGCGAGAUCGUCUCUUCCGGUCUCGCAGCGAGUACGUACUCACCCGCAAUUGGCACUCAUCACGUUAAUGCUACGGCGAUACCAACACUGUCGCCUUCACCUACUCUUGUCACAUUUAUCCUAACGUCUGACGGACAGUUGGUGACCUCAGUCUCCACUGCUGCCUCGCCAUCUGUAACCCUCGGUGCUCCCCCGGGGUGGACUAACGCCUCACUCGCAACGCUACGCAUGUCUCUGAGCACGGUAUUCCUGUCAAUAUUCGUGCCCUAUAUCCUGUUUGUCGCGCGGCUGGUCCUAUAGCUAGAACUCACCUGUAGUCUCUAUGACGUCCCCACCUCUACUUUCCUUUACCGUUCCGUUCAUUUCCUGUUGCUAUUGCUUUGUGCAUAUCUCAACCACCCGGACGAUCUUUCCCACUGUCGCUUGUUUAAGUACAUCUGUAUCUUCCUGCGGCAGCCCCCAAGGACUUUGUCUUAUUUUUCUUUUAACUGUUAUCUGCUGCGUUAUGAAGGCUUCCUGCUCUGACGUAUCCCUUGUACACACAUUUUAAAUACAGAUGAACUUGCCUCUUU